AUGGACACACAGCAGGACUAUGAUUGCCCUAUCUGCCAGGAAGUUUUGAAAAUGCCAAUCCGCACCAGACAGUGCCAGCAUUUGUUCUGUAAAGACUGUUUUCAGACUGCAGUAAGGAGCCAGGGGCUACAGUGCCCGAUGUGUCGGGGCCCUGUGUCCGAGAGAGAGCCCAAAGCCCUGGACAUCCAACAGACCAUGAGGGAAACGAAGGCCAAAUGUAGAGCCUGUGGAAAUGAGAAAUUUCUCAACAGGAUGAGGCUCCACUACAAAACCUGCAGGAGCUACAUAGAGGAAUAUGGGCCUGUCAGUAAUCCCACACCUGUAGUUCCUGCCCAAGUCCCUAUCCAAACACACAGCAGUGAAGUUAUUCCUGACAUCCAGAUUCCUACUGUACCAGAGAGUAUACAAAGACUGUACACUUGUCCAUACUGCACAGUAAGUGGCCUCGGUGACUUGGAACUGGUGGAGCACUGUGUACAGUAUCACUCCCAGGAGCGCACGCCAGCUGUGUGUCCAAUCUGCAUGUGUAUGCCGUUUGGAGACCCUAACUACUACAGCCGGAACCUUAUUGGGCAUUUCCUGCGCAGACACCCCUACAGCUACUCAGGAUACAUGGAUGAAGAUGAUGAAGAUGUCCAGAUUUGCAUGGCAGUGCAAAUGUCAGUCGAGCGGUUCUAA